AUGUCUGUUGUCAUAGAUAACGAAAUCUCAAUGUCUUCUAUCAAAGAUCUUGAAGAUGGAAUGAAUGAAAACCUGAAGCAUGAUAUUAUUGGGAUGGAUAAUGACACAAUAGGAAUAGAAGAGGCCUUUUUAGUGGAGAGUGAAUCAAAUGAAACACAUUUAAAAGCUCAAGAAUCAAGCGAAGAACCUCAAGAACAAAUCAUCAAUAAUAGCAAUAAUGGUAACAACAAAUCUGCCUCAAUCACACAAGCAAGAGCUCAAAAGUUUAUAACGACAACUUUCAAUGAUAUACAACAGGGGAAUCAAACUAAAGCUUUUAGAUUUGUCAACAACUCGCCGAACUCCAUGUACAAACCAAAAUCAAGAAUGAAGCCAACUUUCAAAGUAGAAAGUCAGCCGACUCAGAGCGGGCACAGACCACCAAUAAAUAAUGAAUCAUUGAUUAUUGAACAAAAAUUUGAUAAUGAUAGUGCUGAAUUUGAAACUAAUGAUAAAAGAUAUGUUUUCCAACUGAAUGUUAAAAGACCUCCCGGAAGACCAAGGAAAUAUCCAGCUGAGAAGCCAAAGGCAAAGAGACCUCAAGGUAGACCAAGAAAAUAUCCUGUUGAGGUUACAGGGUCCACCAUCAAUAACACCAAAAUCACCAAGAAAAUGGUCAGAGAUCCUGCCACACAAUCGCUUCCUAUUGAUACAGAACUAAUGGGUCCAUUGAAAAGAAGCAGAGGAAGACCCAGAAGAGAUGAUAAAGAUACUAGUGGACACGAUCUGGAUACUGAUGAUGCUUAUGGACGUGAGAGAAAUUUUGCUAUAGCCACGGCUAACUCUGCUAGUGCAACCCAAGCAGCACAGAAUCAACAUCACAAUGGAGCAAACGCCAGCUGA